AUGGCACCCAACAUGUCUCUCUUCUCCGUCAACGCCAUACUCAUCCUCUCCACAGACGACACCUCUCGAAUCCUCACGAAAUAUUACAGCCCACCACAUGUGCCGCACCACCCACAAGGAACGACAUACCCCGGCGCAAACCCAUACCCAUCACUUAAAGACCAGAAAGCGUUCGAGAAGGGUCUGCUGGAUAAGACAGCGAAGCAAACGAGCGAUGUAAUUCUCUACGACAACCGGGUGGUGGUCUUCAAGAUGGAGAGCGACGUGAUGCUCUACGUCGUUGGAAGCGCAGAAGAGAACGAGAUCAUGCUGUACAACGUCAUCCUGGCGCUACGAGAUGCACUCAACAUUUUGCUGAAAAACUCCGUCGACAAGCGAACCAUCAUCGAGAACUACGACCUUGUCUCCCUCUGCAUUGAUGAGCUUGUCGAUGACGGCAUCAUUCUUGAGACCGAUCCUGUCGUCAUUGCAAGCCGGGUGAGCAGGCCUCCUGCGCAGGAUGCGCCGAACAUGCAAGGCAUUGACUUGAGCGAAGAGGGUCUGCUCAAAAUCUAUCAAUUUGGGAAGCAGAAAUUCCAGGAGCGGUUACGGCAAGGUUUGUAA